AUGGCGUUAAGCAAGCAACACGAAGCACUAAACGAGGACGACGAAAAUCGAAUUUCUAAGAUCAUAAAACUUAAUGUUGGCGGCCAUUGCUUCACAACAACUCUUGGAACACUGAGAAACGAUCCAAACUCAAUGCUACCCUCCAUUGUCUCAAAGAUAUUUGAACAGAAACCUAAAGAAGACGGCGCUUUCUUCAUCGACCGAGAUGGAAGGCACUUUCGAUCAAUACUCAAUUACCUCCGAACCACGGAAUUAUCUUUUCCAGAGGGAGAAACAGCCUUCAGAGAACUACAGGCGGAGGCUCAGUUUUACCAGAUCCAGGGGAUACUUGAUAAAUUACAGUUUAACUCCGAAAUUGUAACAAAAAACGAACACCGAAAGUUUUUGUUACAGUGGCUGCCCCCUAAAGAUACACAGAAGAGGCAAAGGCGCCUUCGUCUGCUGUUCCGCGCUUCUCAAGAUGGCUUUAUGGCGGAAACAUUUCACUCCAAGUGCGACAAUAAAGGGCCCACGAUCACUAUUGUUCAGAGUGGGGACAACAUAUUUGGUGGAUUCACUGAAGAGUCUUGGGGCAGCCAUGGAGAUUACACGAGAUGUACAGAAGCAUUCUUGUUCAGCAUGGUCAACCCAAGUGGCACAGAACCGACUAAAAUGCCACUUAAGCGAGAAAGUCAGUACGCCAUUUGCUGCAGAGGUGACUAUGGACCAACGUUCGGGUUGGGAAGGGAUGGGCAUGACCUGCACAUCUCAGGCAAAGCAAACAUAUUUACUUCAAGUUCAGUUUGUCUCGGUGAAACUUACAAUAACCCAACUUAUAAUGACGCGGAAUCCAACGCUGAUUUGUUCUUCACGGGGGAAACUCGUUUUCACGUGACCAAUUACGAAGUGUUUGAACUUGUGAACUGAUUAAUAUUCUGUUAAACGGACAUUUAAUGCGUUUUUUGGGCGACUAAAAUUAGAUUGGGCACCUUCAAGUAAUUGAUUAUCAAACGAAAUCGGUAA